AUGAAGCCUUUGACAGUUGUAGCACCACUCUCAACCUUCUAUCUUUUCUCCCUCCGAUCGAUCCGACUGAGUCUGUCCUGCAUGCACCAUGCCCUCCUUGCCUUUCUCCCUGAGAAGGAAAGGGCGACACCUCAGGUGUCGCUGUGUGGGAGGCCGUGCAGCUCCCGACUCCAUUUCCCUUCUCCGCCCCCUCCUCCUGCCUCCCAACGUCCGCCUCCUCCCUGCUCUGCAGCCCUGUACUUGACAUUCGUCGUCAACUGCUUUAGUGAGCAGUCGUGGCGGUUUGCCGGGACAGCUUCGCUCGCGUUAUUGCACCACUCGAUACUGCCGGUGGCUGUCGCGAGAUUCGUGAGCCAGCGCCAUUCUCCUCCCUCACCCCUCCCCCACGUCUCCUGCAACGUGCAGCUAGUGGCAUGUGUGGCGGCGCCACUAGUGGGCGACCUAUUGGACUCGGCUUCCAGGGUGCCCGCUCUCACAACCAUCCUCGUCACUCAGUCCACGGCCAUCAUGGUGGGAGCAGCAGCCACCAUGCACGCGCUGCGCCUCGCCUUCCCUAACGCCGCAGCAGCAGCUCUUGCCGGUACAGCCGGCACGUCAGCGCUGUGUGCGCUGCCGGCAGCAGCGGUGCUGCAGCAGGGGUGGUUCGUGGUGGUGGUGGUGGCGGGUGCGGUGGAGCGACUCAUGGGUCUGGCCACAGGCGUGGCUGUGGAGAUCGACUGGGUGCUUGUGCUGGUGGGAAAGGAUCGACCAGUGCUCAUGGCGACAGCCAUGGCGACCCUAGGGAGGGUUGAGCUCUUGUGCGAGGUGGCAGGAGCAUUCAUCUUUGGGGCCCUCAUCGCCACCUAUGGGCCGCUAGUGUGUGUCAGAGCAUGCCUUGCUCUCGCUGCCCUCUCCUUCCCGGCUCUUCUUGCGCUGACUGCUCUCACAAACCACCUCUCGCAUGCAGCCCUCAGCCAGAGUAUUCCCCUUGAGGUCGCUCCAUCCACAGAAAGAUUGGUGCCUGCAGCGACUGCUGCUACUCCUGACGAGGAUACUGAUGUUGCGGCUGUACCGCCUGCUUCUGCGACUUCUGCAGCUGUUGCUUUUGGCACUUCGGGUGGUGCUACUGGUGUUUCGUCUUCUCUUGCUGCCUUGGAAGAAGGACCUCUAGUCUCGGCUGAGUCCGUGCAAGGGGGGCCACUCUUUCCUGUACCGAUGAGUGCAGCUUCUCGCGUGGUGGAUGCUGCAGCAAGCACAGUACCAAGCAAGGAACCAGCACGGCUAGAGCUCUCACCGGCCAUAAUGCAGAGGGCAGAAUUCGCAUGCAACAUCACACCCAUUCCACUAGCCAGUCCAGCCCGUGUCACAGCAACCGCCGCACUCUCGCCCAGUGUUUCACCAGCGGAGGGGAUUCUCUGGAGAUACACACACGCUGUAGCAGUGUCAUUUUUGCCAGUGGGAGCAGCGGCAGGAGCAGCAAUAUCAGCAGUGGGGAGAGCAGCGGGGAAGGGGUGGAGAGUCUUUACGCAGGAGGCGGUGAUGCCUGCGAGCAUGGCGUACGUGCUGCUGUGCUUCAAUGCUGUGUUGGCACCCGGGGUACUCAUGACCUCCUUCCUCUUCCACCACGGUGUGGGCAUGGGGGUGAUAGGCGUGUUCAGCAGCGCCGGUGCGGCCAUGGGCUUUGCUGCAUCCUUCGUGUCGCCUGCACUCGUGGCUCACCUCGGGAUUCUGCAGGCGGGCAGCAUCGCGCUGCUCUUCCAGGCCACCAUGCUCGCCCUCUCCGUGCUCGACUUCUCCUCUCUCCCUCUCUGCCCUCGCUUUCUUUACCAAGGCCUGCUCAUGCUCUUCCUCGUGCUUCUGGUGAGUCUGCCCAAUAAGAGCUACUUACCAGUGCUCUCUCGCAUUGGCCAGGGGGUGUACCAAAUCGUUGGAUGUCAAAUCAUUCAGGCUGUGCCAGCAGCAUCAGCCAAUCUGUUUGGGACUACGGAGAUGGCCCUUAGCAGCCUAGCAGAGCUCGCGAUGCUCUCCCUCGCCAUAGUCUUCCAUGAUCCCAAGUAUUUUGGCGCCCUUGUGCUCAUGUCCUUUGCUGGGGUCGUUGCUGCUGCGGUGCUCUACUGCUCGUGGCUCGCCUUUCCCGACCCUAGGCUGCAGGUGCUAUUUCCAGCUCAACCAAAGGUUCAGUGGAGAGAUGUGCUUUGGGGGGAAUGGGCCAGGGGAGGUACCAUAAGGGAAGGUUUUGCUGCGGCUGUAGCCCCUACAGCUGCAGCUGCUCUCGUAGCAGCUAUAGUUUCCGGCCUUGCCGAUCCUGCACCAGCAGCGGCUGAGGCAGCGCCAACGCUACUUAAGCUCCUCACAGAUGCAACAGGAGGCGUAACUUCAGGCGUAGCGUCAAGUACUCAGGCGCUUCAGGGAAUUCGCUUGCCUGACGCUGCUGGUGCUGCGAACGCGGCUGCGGAACAGGCAAAUUCGUUCGCAGCAGCGGUAGCCAGCUGGGUUCAAAACAUCGUAGAGCAAUCCCCGAUCGACGCCGCAACCGUCGCCGCAUCCGCCGCUGCGAGCGGUCCAGCCAGCGCGAUUCAGGCGGGAGCUGAUCUCGGCCGUGCGAUUCAGGAGCAGGGGCAGGCUGGGGCAGCGGCAGUGCAGCAAGCUAUAGCGGCAGCUGCGGGUGGGGUGGGUCAGGCGGGCGCAUCGGCAGGUGCCGCCGUGAGCGCAUUUUCAGGAACAACUAUCGCGAGCUCUCCUGGCCUAACGCGCCUCGGCGAGGCGUCCUCUGCGCUGUUACAGAGCUCGGAUCAUCUCACAUCCUCGUUGCGCGUGUCGGUCGACUCCGCCUUGGCGCAGGCCUCCGCCGAUCCCGCCUUUCUCCCCACCACCGCGGCGCGCCUCGCAACUUACCUCGCCUCUUCCCUCGCCUCCUCCGCUUCCUCCCUCGUCUCCUCCUUCGCCGCCAAGCCGAUCGUCGCGCCGACCGCGGCGGCGAUCGCGGCGGGCCUCGCGGCGCUGCUCGUGAAAGCGGUGGUGGAGGCAGUGAGCGACGCGCGAGAAAAGGGCAAGGAGAUUCCGUCCACGUACGACCCGGAGGCAAUUGCGGCGUAUUUCAAGCUGCGCCCCGCGCGGGUGGUUGCGCGCGCCGUGUGGGUGGCGGCGCAGUGCUCGGAAGUACUCGCGGGGUUGGCGCUGGACUACGCGCGCGGGGAGGGGAAGCAGAACGAGCAGCUGCGCGCGCAGCAGACCAUGGAGUUAAUCACGCGGCUAGGCCCCACGGCAAUUAAGAUAGGCCAGGCGCUGAGUAUCCGCCCCGAUAUCAUGCCCCCCGCUUAUAUCGAGCAGCUUCAGACCUUGCAAGACCGCGUGCCCUCCUUCCCCUCCGCCGACGCGCGCCGGAUCAUAUCGGACGAUCUUGGUCGUCCGGCGGAGGAGGUGUUCGACGGCCUGGAUAAGCCCGUUGCGGCGGCGUCGCUGGGGCAGGUGUACCGCGCGCGCGUGCGCGCAACGGGGGAGGACGUGGCGGUGAAGGUGCAGCGGCCGGAGGUGCGCGAGGACAUCUGCUGCGACCUGCUGCUGCUGCGCGCGCUCGCGCAGGUGGCCUCCGCCAUCCCCGGCGUGCACACGGACCUAGCGGAAGUUCUGGACUCGUUCUCGAGCCGCUUCUGGGACGAGCUGGACUACCAGAAGGAGGGCGCGAAUGCAACGCGCUUCCGAGAGGACAUGCAGAGGCUGCGCAACGUUGUGGUGCCACGUGUUCUCACAGAUCUCACCAGCACUCGCGUGCUCACAACAGAGUGGGUGCAAGGCGAGAAGCUGUCAGACGCAGAGACGGCGGACGUGAGCAGCCUGGUGACCCUGGCGCUCAACUGCUACCUCAUCCAGCUGCUUGAGACUGGCUUCCUGCACGCCGACCCGCACCCGGGGAACCUCCUCAGAACCGCCGAUGGCAAGCUGUGCAUUCUGGACUUCGGAUUCAUGACUGAGGUCACAGAGCCUCAGCGCUACGCACUCGUCUCCUACAUCUCGCACCUGCUCAGCGCGGACUACGAGCGAGUAGCGCAAGACCUCGUGGUCCUGGGCUUCGUCCCCCCGGACCUGGUCGACGAGGAGAAGACCAAGUCCGCCGUCCCGCAGCUAGCCCGCGUCAUGUCUCAGAUUACCCAGGGAGGCGGUGCGCGCAACAUCAACUUCGGGCAGGUGGCAGAGGAUCUCUCGUCCAUGGCGCAGGACUAUGUGUUCGUGAUUCCAAGUUACUUUGCGCUGAUUCUGCGCGCGUUUGGCACGCUGGAGGGGAUUGGGCUGGACCGGGAUCCGAGCUACUCCACGCUGCAGGAGUGCUACCCGUACAUUGCCAAGCGCCUGCUCACUGACGACUCUCCGCGCGCCCGUGCAGUGCUAAGGGACUUCCUAUACGGGUCAGGGGACCGCCUGGACGUGGCACGGGUGGAGGAGCUCACACAGAACUUCCUCUCCUUCCGCAACCUCAUGGCCACGUCCCCCUCCGCCUCCCCGCACCUCGAUGCCGUAGCUGUCGACGCCAUCGCCUCUGCUGCUGCCGCUGGCGCCACCACUCCCGAUGAUGCCACAGCUGCAGCUGGUGGUUCUGCUGAGGGCUCGGGUGAUGCUGAAAGCACUGGGGAUUUCAGGCCUGCUGUUGCCAUGGCAGCGGCAGGGAGGAGAGAGGGUGUGGGUGCAAUGCAAGGAGCAGCAGCAGCAGCAGCAGCAGCAGCAGCAGCAGGAGCAGGAGCAGGAGCGGUGGCAUGGCCGGGGGUGGAUGAGGGUGCAGGUGUGGUGGAUCCAGUGGCAUGGGAGGUGGUGCAGACCGUACUGGCACCAGAGGGCAGCUACGUGCAGGAGCUUGUACUCACAGAGAUGGCGCGCACAGUGGACGCCAUGUCACGAGAGGCCCUAGCAGCGCUCUGGUCCGCACUCGUCGCGCGCACGCUCCUCCCAGUGCCAGCGCAGCUGCAGCAGCCGGGCACCUACCCCCUGCCUCUCCUCCUCCCAGGGGCAGUCCUGGGCAUGGUGAGCGGGGACUGGCGCACGGCCAGCCUGUCAGAUGACGAUGUGGAGGCGCUGGGGACCCUGCGGCGGCUGUGGACGCUGCUGGCCCCGCAGCUCAGAAGCAUGGAGCCCGUUGGAGGGCCGUCCUCGCCUGCAGAAGCUCUCUCCUUCUUCCGGGAAGCAGCGCCCCUCAUGUUCAGUGUGCUGCCAGGAGCCGCCACCACAGCGACACGCUUCCUCGUGAUGCUGCUGCAGCGCCAGCUACUCCGCCUAGCAGACGAUCUCGACGGGGGGGACUCGGUGCAGCAGUGGGAGGCAGAUCCGUACUCCCUCGCGCGCUCCAUCCGCCCCUUCUGGAUGCCCCCCGCCAGCCCCUUGAGGUAG